GCUCUCCUGGACUUGAAGUUUUUUCGGUGUCCAAUUCAAAAACAACGACGAGUUGCAUUCCGAUGCGAUUUAUAAAUGGAUAGAAGGGUGGAAUAUUUUUUCCUUUUAAAUUGACGUCUAACUUGAAUAAUGGCAAUAGCUAGCAACUGGACGUGGGAAAAGAAGUAUUUGACUUCCCCGGUCACGAGUUUAGAGUUUGUUGGUUCUGACUUGGUUCUUUCAGGAAAUGGACCAUUGCUUGGUGUGUAUUCCGCAGCAAAGGGAGUUUUAUUAAUUGAAAAAUGUCUAUUGCAAGGCUCAAGGAUACAUGGAAUAAGAGGUGAAAAGACCUUUGGUAACUUGGUGCUUAUAUUUGGACAAAAGGUCAUAAGGGUUAUCAAAUUACAAGAGAAUCCCUCCAAUUCAAGUGUAAGAGUUGAGGCUGCAUCAGAUAUUGUAGCUUUUCCUGAUCUGAUCUGGGUUGCUCACUGGCUGUACCAGGACAAGGUACCAAAACUAGUGGCUAUUGCAACUGCACACAAUGCUGUAUGGUGCUGGGAUUGGAAAAAUGAUGUUAAACAAUUGGUUUCCCAAUGUGAAGAGCCAUGUAUACUAUAUUCUGCAUGUUUCUUUGGAUCUGAUUUAGAAAAUUUGAUCAUUGCAUCUGGCACAGUUUUUAAUCAAGUCCUUCUUUGGAGAGUGCAAGGAAAGAAAGACGGAAAUAACCGAACACUGAUUCUGCAGAGGCUUACAGGUCACUCUGGAGUUAUUUUUGCCAUAAACUUUAACAAACAAGGAACACUUUUGAGUUCUGUUUCGGAUGACAGGAGCAUACGACUAUGGAAAAUAACAAACUUAUCAACACUUGAAUCAAAUGGCUGUGUGGAACCUUUGCUUGUCGUUUAUGGGCAUUCUGCACGAGUCUGGAAUGCAAAAUUGUUGGAGAUGUGUUUUGUUAGUAUUGGAGAGGACUUGGUAUGCAACGUGUGGAGCUAUGAUGGAAGCAUUGUGAAGUCCUAUAAAGGUCAUACAGGUCGCAACAUCUGGAGUCUUGCUGUCAACCAAAAUGAAAAUCUCAUAGCCACAGGUGGUGGAGAUGGAAGCAUCAGGCUGUGGCCAUUAUCAAGUCCUGAUCAUAACAGCAAUGCCAUUUUGAGAGAAGCUCGUCUACCCUCCAUAGAAGCUACAGCUAACAAUCAAAUGAACACAAGGAAAACCAAAAAGGAGGAUUAUCCAAGAUUUGUGAGCUUGUUGGACCAGUUUAACUUGUUGAUCAUGACAAAUGAAGGGUCUACAAAGGCCUCGACUGGGUGGAGCGACUGCUAUUCAUGGACAAUGGAGAUCUUCUCAUUGCAGGCUUCCAUGCUGCAUAUUUUGUAUUAUGGAGUGUACAGCACAAUGAGCUCUUGUGGAGAGUGAUGUGUGGUGGAGCACACAGAGUCUGGGACCUAUUCCUUCAACAGUCGGAUUCAUCUGUUUGUGGAGGAGUGCUGGCGUUUAUCAAAGACUCCACUAUUUACACGCACAAGAUGACCUUCCCGUGUGAGCUGAAAAAAGCGAUGUUGAAGUCAGGUUUUCAUGGACGAGAAGUAACAUGUAUUUGCCAUGUAGAUUCCAUUGUGGGGCAACAAGGUGAUAUCAGCGACGUAUUUGUAACAGGGAGCGAAGAUACCAACAUCCAGCUGAUGAUUUGUAUCCAGUUUUUUAACACUGACCGUUCCACUGGUAUGACCUCGUCAAUUUUCACUGCCCAUGGCCAUAUAUCUAGUGUCCGUGCCUUGUGCGCCACCAAAUCCCCAAGGCCAAACAUACAGCCAAAGGAACAGAUAAACGGUCACCCCACAAAUGAUAGGACUUGUCAUCUUCUCUUUUCUGGCGGGGGACGUGCCUCACUCAAAUGCUGGCGCGUGGAUCUGUCACGCGUCAAUGACAGUCGCCGGGGGAAUAAGAUGACGUCUUCACCUAUGGUUUUUCUCGGAGAAUGUUCGUUUCGCUUCAGUAAUCACCGGCGGAGACGAAGGAAACACGAUUCUCAGUCCUUUUCAGAGAUUAGGUUUAUGUCUUUGACGUCAUUGAGUGCUGCAAAUUUGAAGGACAGCUGUCAGUCGUUGUAUUUUGUCUUGGCAGCGUGCUCAGAUGGGUUUGUCAGAAUUUUUAGCUUUGAUGAGCGACGAAACAGGUUUUCACUUCUGGCUCAGUCCCUAUACCUGAAACGCUGUGUGCUGACAAUCAGUCACGUGAUUGAUUUUUGUACGAGCGGUAGUCCGCUAGUUAUGAUGUUUGCGGGAGACACAGCUGGAAAAAUUUCUUGUUGGGACAUCACUUCAUUGUUAUGUAACCACAUUAGGGAACAUUGUGACUUGACGAAUGUGGAGGACUCUAUAAUGACAAAUACAAUGAAUUCAGAAAAGGAAACGCGCACUGCAGGGGACUCAUUAGUGGAAAACAAACUAGAAACUGUCGAUAAUAAUGAAGGUGAAAAGCAGGUUUUAGACGGGCAUGUCUCUGUAGAAAAGAAUGAUACAUCCCAACCUAGAAUGGCUGCUUUGAGCUUAGAAAGUUGUGUGACGACGGACAUUUACGUUUCAUCACGCGGCAGUUGGAAAGAAGGAGUAUUGGAGGAUUGCGUGACUGAUUGUAACGUAUCUGAAAGCGUGACAGUUGCUAACAAACAGCAGACUGAAGAAACAAACGUAAUCGUUGACACCGGUCCUUCAGCACAGAACCAAGAUUCAGUCAACUUUGGACAAGAGGUUUUGCAUGAAGCUAUCUCAAAUGAUCUCAUUUCUAUCGGAAGUGAGAUGCCUGGUCAAAUUAGUGUAACUGAUCAAAAUGGUGAAGAGUUGAAUGCCACAUUAGUGGGCCAAAGUGACUUCUCGUGUCUUCCUCUCGUGCCAGUCUUCCUCGGUCUUCCUACCCACGUGUUUCACGCGCACCAAUCCGGUGUAAAUGCAAUCUCGCUCGUGAAAAAUGACGUUUCAGGACAGUACUUACUGGUCAGUGGUGGGGAUGAUGCUGCACUCUACGCUGCAGAGUUCAACUUGAAGCAAAACAAGAAUGACGUCACCAAGGUUCACGUGACCCGUGAAGUGUCUGAACCGUCCGCUCAUACGUCAUCAGUGACAGGUGUUAAGGCUUUGAAGGAUGGAUUUGCGAUCUCGUCAUCUGUAGAUCAGAGAAUCGUUCUGUGGGAGAUCGUAGAUACAGGGCAGGGUUCUUCAGUUUUCCAUCAGCGCGCCUCCGAAAUCAUGGACGUUGCCGAUGUCCAGGACUUGGAAGUCUGGGGCGAAAGGGAUGGCCUCCUAGUCGCUGCAGUUUGCGGAGUUGGCUUGCAGACGUUUGAUCUUGUCGGACGCGGCUGAAGCUUGCCAUUUCUUCACCUAUUUCGAAUUAUUUUAGUAGCCCAAACUUAAAUUUUUACUUAAAUUGGCAAACUAGACCUAAUAAAAUUCAACUGAAUGAA